AUGGACUCGCGUGACUGCGCUCUGGAGCUGCUGGUGAUGCUGGUCUACGUCGCAGCGUGGCUCUGUGCUCUGGCCACCACCCUCCUGCCUCACUGGCUGACGGUGUCCACCUCCCUGCUGCCCGUGGAGAGCUAUGGUCUGGGUCUGUGGGAGACCUGCGUGGUCCAGGACGUCGGGGUCACGGAGUGCCGGGCCUAUGACAGCCUGCUGGGCCUCCCCAGCUACCUGAAGCUGGCCCGAGUCCUCAUGUGCACCUCCCUCGCCGUGGGAGCGCUGGGGAUGCUGGUGGCCGUGCCGGGGCUCUACCUGGUGGCCGGCUGUGGAGGCCUCGGAGGCUCCAGAACCAAGAGGACUUUAACGGUCACGGGAGGCGUGCUGGGGGUGAUCUCCGGGGUGCUGUGUCUGAUCCCCGUGUCCUACAUGGCCCAUUUGGCCGUGGCAAACUUCUUCGACGACAAAGUGCCCGACAUGGUGCCACGGUGGGAGUUCGGCGAUGCCUUGUUCUGCGGCUGGACCGGAGGGUUCCUCCUGGUGGUGGCCGGGCUCCUCCUGGUCUCCUCCUGCUGGUGUUCUCAGGUGGAGCCUCAGCCUGCAGCGCUGCAGCGCAGAUACCAGGUCAUGAGCACGGACGUGUCCUUCAGGAAACGCUCAGAGUACGUUUAAAGGACUGAGAGAAUGUGAAGCCGACAGCACAACACCAUCACCAGUAGGACUGCACUUCAACCUGCCUUCAAAAGAAUGAUGUAAAUAUCUGGUUUAGUGUCAAAGACGUCGCUUUGUGUUGAUCAAAUGUUUUGUGAAAAUGUAGAAAACAUGCAGCUAUUUAUCGAAUCUCUCACCUGCAACAAUCCAACAUCACGUUAUAAAAAGAAACCUGCUGUGACCAGUAAACAUGAAUAUUUUUUUAAAAGAUAUGUUUUAUAGAAAAUGCU